UUUUUUCUUUCGGUGACCUGCUCAAAUAGGUAUUCGAAAACAAUUUAAACAACCCCUAAAUUGUUUAAAUUGAAAUGAAAGCUCGGUCGAUAAUAUCGAAAUUGUGCUCUAAGUCUAGGGAGUUUAUAGUUGCUAUGAGUUGACGAUUGUCUUUAUGACUCGCUACCAUUUAUUACAGUAGUGCAGGUAUCUUGCAUUUGUGAGUCAGUGGUUAAUCGUUGAAGGGGACGAAUUGUGCUUUGCAAAUGGUAGACGUGUUGCUUUAAAACAACAAUAAUUUCGGCAUUGAAUAACUUGGUCUUAAGUUUGAAGUUUUGAGCAAAUUUACGACCACAGAUGCGGAAAUUAGAGGCCAGGGAGUCUUGGGGAGCUGAGAGGCUUGAGGCUGAGUUAGAAUCAGCCCGUGAUAGCCUUCGAGGUCUUGAUAGAAGUAUUCAAAAAAUUCUUGGACGAGACCCUCCCGAUGGUGAAAAUCCGCUUCAGCCAACGGCGAGAACGACUCAGAAACGCCCACUUCAAGAGGAUCGUCGACGUACAGUCUUGGAUUUUGCUGCUGUGCCCAAUAAUCUUGCUGUGGGUAAAAGGAGAUGGGUAGCUCCAGCUGGAGAGCCUAAGACAGUCUUCAGUCGGCUAAGUGCUCGUAUUCCAUCAAAUGCAGAUGAUAGUGCAGAUGAGGAUGAUGGGACAGCCAAGCCAGCUGUCUCCUCUCGAGUAAUUGCAACUCCUCGCGAAAUACCUUCCCGGCAGGAAGUUAUUAGACGAGAAAGAGUUGAUGAACGGAGUAGGCAAAGAAAUAAACGAAUGUUCGGUGCCCUCCUUGGUACUCUACAAAAAUUCCGUCAAGAAGAAACUAAACUAAAAGCCAAGGAAGACAAAAAAGCGGAGGUAGAAGCUCGCGUAGAGGAAGCUGGGAGAAGGGAAAAAGAAGAAUUGCGGCGUGAAAGACAACAGCUAUUUCAGUCACGAAAGCGCCAACAGGCUGAAGUACGUAGUUUAGAAGCUAAGCUAGUGCGUAGCCGCCAGUUUCAGGAAUGGCGUGCAUCUCAAUUACCACUUGCAUCGUUUAUUCGGACUCGCACUCAACCGGCAAUAUUCUAUCUACCAAAGCGGAAACACCCUCGCACCGAUUCACUUCUUGCAAGCUCGGCCAAGGAGCUUAAUGACGAGGUGGAGAGAAGGGAAAAACUUCUGUUGGAAGAGUUGGAGCACAUUGAAUCACAAGCGGGUUUAGGGAAGCAACAGUCCAUUGAAACUAAUGUAGUAUCGUCUGCGCAAGAAGAACCUCCAACACCUAUGGAAGAGUGUGAAGAAAAUCGCGAUCCUAAUCACAAAGUCGAAGACGUUCAAGAAGACGAAAUCCAAGAUCCAAGUUUACCUAUCUUUGAUACAGAAACGGUUGAAACAACUCCGUUAGAAUCGAGCAUGGUAGGUGAAACAGUGUUGGAAGAAAUACUAGAGGAUGCCAGUAAUGGCUAGCAGUAUUUUCAGCUUUCAGUGUAGGUUGUAUAUAUCGACGUUGUGCAUAGUGCCGGUGCCUGAGCGGUACAAAGAAGAGGGCUCAUGAGUUGAUACGUAAGAAUAGUUACGUCUCGUUACUUGAUACAAAUGAACUGAAAUUUGUUACACUUCGUAAAUAAGAUCAAUUCGCCGUUGAUGGAGUCGAAUUGAAACGUCAAGCUAUCUUUGAAACUGAGAACUAAUAUCUGAGUUGUGAUAUCCACCUAUUACAAUUCAAUAGCUACAAACCCAGUCGAGAGGCAAAAAACGCAGUCGGCUUGGAUUGCAGCUAUGUCCCGGUUUUAAAACAUUUUCAUACACAUUUUAGCAUCAAUUAUAGUCUCCUUAGCCGUAAAAAUAUAUCAAAAUUCUUUGUAAAAUAAGAUUUUAACUGUAUCACAGAUGUCAUCUUAAAUAUUCUCUGACUCCAUUUCAGCAGUUUAAAGCCCAAUAUAAUCUUCAUACUAUCAAUAGCCCGUAAGUUUAUACAACUAAUGAUAUCUCGGGGAAAAAUAAUAAUAAUAAUAAACACGAUGCGAUUUCGAACCACUGA